GGGUAAUGUGUAUUAACCCAAAAAAUUUUAAAAAAAUUAAAAAAAGGUACGGAAAGUCUCGAGAGAGAGAGAGAGAGGGAGAGAGGGCUUUGCGGGUUUCUCUCUCUGUCGCCAAAUUUUACAGAGCAAAAGAGACCAACAAGAAGAACAACAACAAUGGAAGAUCAAGAAAAGCAGACCAAUUCCGUCAUUAAGAUGCGUGAUCCUCCUACGGGACGCCCUGUUCGUGUCUACGCAGAUGGGAUUUACGAUCUUUUCCAUUUCGGCCACGCUCGUUCUCUCGAACAAGCCAAAAAAUCGUUUCCAGACACUUACCUGCUUGUUGGAUGCUGCAAUGACGAAGUGACACAUAAGUACAAGGGCAAAACUGUCAUGACUGACAAGGAGCGCUAUGAAUCUCUCCGCCACUGCAGGUGGGUUGAUGAAGUUGUUCCUGAUGCACCAUGGGUGAUCAACCAAGAGUUUCUUGACAAACAUCAAAUUGACUAUGUGGCACAUGAUUCUCUUCCCUAUUCUGAUGCAAGUGGGGCUGGCAAAGAUGUUUACGAGUUUGUCAAGGCUGUUGGAAAAUUUAAGGAGACAAAACGGACUGACGGGAUCUCUACAUCAGAUAUAAUAAUGAGGAUUGUCAAAGAUUAUAACCAGUAUGUGUUGCGCAACUUAGACCGGGGAUACUCAAGAAAGGAACUUGGUGUUAGCUAUGUGAAGGAAAAGCGGCUGAGAGUGAACAUGGGACUGAAAAAGUUGCAUGAGAAAGUGAAAAAACAGCAAGAAAAAGUGGAAGAAAAGAUACAGGUAGUAGCAAAGCAUCGUAAUAUAUGGGUGGAGAAUGCUGAUCGCAUGGUUGCUGGUUUCCUUGAAAUGUUUGAAGAAGGUUGCCAUAAAAUGGGAACAGCCAUCAGAGACCAAAUACAAGAGCGACUAUUGACAAAGGCAAAUAUAAAAGGACUCGUAUAUGAGGAAGGUGAUGAGGAUGAUGAUGAGUACUAUUAUGUUGACAGCAGUGAAGAAGAGUAUUAUGAUGAGGAAGAUGAAGAAUGAGCUUCUUCAUUAUGUUCAUCCAUGAUUGGAUGGGUAUUCUUCUGGUUGUUCACUUUAAGGUUAUAAGUAUGCUUUCCAGUGUAGACAACUUUGCAGGUGUGCGAGUUUGCAAAACAUAGAUUGUUGUCAGAGUUGGAAUUUUUUUGCGUACUU